GUACUUAUUAUCCUAGAUCAACUCUCAAGCUCUCAAUCAGAGCUCAUAAAGCUGAACUGGACGAGUUCAUUACAAAAUGAUCAAGUUCAGAGAGCUUGAGAUGUUUUUUCGGUCACGAUCACUUAUAGCAUUAUUAUUAUACGUUGCUCAACUUAUUAUUUAAUCGAAUGAUAAGUGAAAAAAAUAAUAGUCUUGCCUCAGUUACGUACUGAUUUGAUUCCUUGCCAGACCGGAAUUGGACCAAGACAAAAAAAUUAAAUUAUAUAAAUAGAAAUUGCUGGGCUGGGUUACAUGGCCCAAGUUUGUCCAGAACGACAUGGAGUUUGGUUUGGUUUUGGGCCAAAAGAACACGUGCAAGGCUGAGAAGUAGAAUGACAUACGUGGAUGGACACAACACAAAUAACCUCGUACGUGUUUUCCCAAAUUUUAAAUCAAAAUUUAUUUCUUUUUUUGGGUACAAUUUAUCAAAAUUAAUUAAAAGAAGAAAAAACUGGGAAAGAAGAUGGCGGAGAAGCAAACAAGUACCUUUGAUUCCGUCAGGGAAUGGGUUGUGGAGCACAAGCUUCGUACCGUCGGGUGUUUAUGGCUGACUGGACUGGCGAGCUCCAUUGCUUACAAUUGGUCGCAACCCAACAUGAAAACCAGCGUUAAGAUCAUUCAUGCCAGGUUACAUGCACAAGCUCUUACCCUCGCUGCAUUAGCCGGGGCUGCAGUUGUCGAGUACUAUGACCACAAAUCUGGAGAUAAAGCCAAACGUGUCGCCAAGUUCCUCGAUUAUGACAGGCAUGAACAGAAGAAAUGAUUGGUGAACUACUCUAUACUUCCAUCGUGACACAGAUACGUAUAAAAGGAGUUCUUUUUGUAGGACCCUGAUAAAGAUUCCUUCACGGAAAGUACAAGCACAAUUACGGGUUUCUGAAUGGUUGUGUAUCCCAUUUUAGGCCGACUAAUCCUUUUAUUCAUGUCACAAUCUUUAUAAAGACCACCUGAAUACGAAACCGUAGUUGUAUCCAAAGUAUGGACGAGGUGGAAUAGAAUAAUGAGCUAGCUUCAUUUCUUGAUCUUCAUCUUCUUUCUUGGUGUUUGUUAUGGUUUCUGGUGAUUGUUAGACCCGGAUUUAUUUGUUUAUUUAGGUUAAGAAAAAAUUAAAAAAAAAAAACCCUUUUAGGCCUUCAAGAAAAACAGGGAAAAUGCGAGUCCUUUAAGAAAAAAAGCAAAGGUAACGAGUAAUCUUUACGCUGCUAGAGAAGCAAUGAUACAAAAAAAACCCAAUGUUGAGUGGGAAUGUAAAUAACAUAGUACAGUAUGCACGUAAGACAUGAUCUGAAUUUAGGGUCACGAACACGCGCAGGUUAGGUUC